UUCGCUCCGUCUUUUCUCCCUCAGAGAGGAGGAAGAGGAGGAGGUAGAAGAGGGGAGGCGGUGACCGACAUCCCCCACGGGACAGGCCGACCGACGCACGCUGCUAACAGGUGUGUCUGAAGAGGUCACACCGCUCCAAUCUGCACCGCCCGCCCGUCCUGCCGGUCCGUCGUCCCCCCCUCACCCCCCUCCACCACCACCACCACCACCACCCGUCCCUCCCGGUCCCUUCCUCUGUGUCAUUGUUGCUGCCGAAAUUACAUCCAAACGGGGGCUGGUUCGGAGUUAAAUUUGGCCGUUUCGGCAUCCCAGUGAGCGCUUGUUCUUUUCCUCUGUCGGUCUCUUCGCGGCGACUCACUGGUGCGUAACAGCGGAGCGGAGGAGGUGGGAUCCAAACGGCUCAUUCUGAGACGUUAAUUUAUAAACCAAUGGCACUUUGUUGUUUUUUUCUUGAGGAAUGGAGUGAAUUUGUAGGUUUGGACUAAUUUGUAUCAGAGGUGAAGGGGAAUUUGAAGAUUUGGUUAGAUUUUUUUUUUUCAAGGUUUUGUUUUGUUUGAGCUGAUUUCGCAACCCCCCCUCUGGCGAAAAGGCAGACGUUCGCUAACCGAAGCCGAACCGAAUUCUGACGAAUUUUAACGGACAACAAAGUGUGUCUUUUUUUUUCUUUCUUUGAGGGACUCUUUUCCUGUGAAAACAAAGUGCACCUCGUUUUAUCAUGACAACAAGAAAAGCCAGUAGUGUGGGGGACGUGGUGCCUCCCUCCACCAACAGCCACCAGCAGCACCAGAACCAGCAGAGGAGCCGGAGUCCCGGCGGUUACAGCAGCGGGGUUCCGGCGUCCGAGGCGGCGGGCGGAGGGGCGGAGAUGUUCGGGGAAUUUCAGGACUGGUGCCUGCGGACGUACGGGGACUCCGGCAAGACCAAGACCGUGACCCGGCGUAAAUACAACAAAAUCCUCCAGACCCUUAUCCAGGGGGACGAGGAGAACAGUAACGGGGUGUUCCUGCAUGAGAAAGGCAACAACCACAUCAACGCCAAAUUUAAAUUCUGGGUCAAGUCCAAGGGCUUCCAGGUCGGGACGCUGCAGGACGGGAAGAACGGAUCAUCGGACAGACCGGUGCUGUACGUUCCCAUCAAGGCGACGCAGUGUGUGGACGGCGUAUCCGGCGGCGAUUCGUCCCUGAAGCGUGUGGCGGUGGUGGAGGAUUUCUUCGACAUCAUCUACGCCAUGCACGUGGAGAUCAGCGCCGACCCGGGCAAAGCACCCAAACACGCCGGCCAGAAGAAGACCUACAAAGCUAUAGCGGAGACGUACGCCUUCCUGCCCAGAGAGGCGGUGACUCGUUUCCUGAUGAGCUGUGGAGAGUGUCAGAAGAGGAUGCACAUCAGCACCACAGGACAGGACUACAAAGAGAACGACAGACUGAGCUCUCUGGUGUCGGAGGUGAUAGACUACAACAUGCCUCUCACCACCACCUACAUGAAGCAGAUGAAGCUUCAGUGUAUGAACAACAACAAGGAUGACAGUUCUCUGAGCAGCGAGGAGGAGGCAGAGAUGAGCGAGCCCACAUGGCUAGCGGCCGAUCUGGGAGCAGCGUCUGACCUGAGCCCGCAGAGCCGAGGAGAGAGGAUGCGCCACAGUCCCCAGAACACACACAGCAAGGAGGACGACGAUGAUUCGUCAUCAGAGAGCGGCAGCGGGAACGGCCUGCCCGCUCUUACCCCUCCCUCCUCCGCUGUGACGGACGGCGCCAUAGUCAGAGAAACCGAGGUCGUCAACGGCAACGGCGGCCCCGCCCCGCUGGACUUCAGCACGCCUACUUCCUCCUCCUCAUCAUCCGAGGACCAGCAGCCGAUGAACCUGAGCGACCCGCCUCCUCAGCGGCUGCCUCUGUCCACCUCUCACCUGCCCGUCACCGUCUCGGCGGCGGCCGCGGCGCUGCUCGGCGCUCUGCAUCCCAGCGCGCCCGAGGAGCUCCGCAGGAAGUACCCGCUGGCCGCCAAACCUCCCCUGGCUCCGCACCCGGCCCUGCCUCUGACCCUGCCGCACACACAUAACGCGCACACUCCCAACACACACUCCCAGUCCCACACGCACGCCGCCGAGCUGCGACUGGACAGAAACGGCAGGGACUACGGGGGCAAGUCUCCCCAGUACAGUUCAGGCGGAAGCUACGACAGCGUGAAGAUGGACCUGAGUGCCGAGGACCUGACUAUGGGGCGUCACGGCAGCCAGGUCGCCCCGGACGACGACGACGAUGACCACGACGACCACGACGACAACGACAAGAUCAACGACACGGAGGGAGUCGAUCCCGAGAGACUAAAGGCCUUCAAUAUGUUUGUGCGCCUGUUUGUGGACGAGAACUUGGAUCGGAUGGUGCCCAUCUCCAAGCAGCCCAAGGAGAAGAUCCAAGCCAUCAUCGAGUCCUGCAGCAGACAGUUCCCGGAGUUCCAGGAACGCGCUCGCAAGCGCAUCCGCACCUACCUCAAAUCCUGCCGACGCAUGAAGAAGAACGGCAUGGAGACCCGUCCUACUCCACCUCACCUCACCUCAGCCAUGGCUGAGAACAUCCUGGCCGCCGCCUGCGAGAGCGAAUCACGCAACGCCGCGAAGAGGAUGCGCCUCGAAGCCUAUCACGAUGAGCAGAUCUCUCUGGACAAGCCGUCCAGCGUCGGAGGAGGUCUGAGGGAGCCGGCGUCCCUCGCCCACUCCGCCUACUCCCUGGCCGCAUCAGCCUUCUCCCAGGACACCCAGCUCUACAUCAACGGAGCCGGCCUCAGCUACGGUUACCGUGGAUACCCGGGCCUGGGUGCUGCCAUGCAACACCCCGUUUCCCUGACGACCGGCGCUGCUGCUCAGAGCAAUGGCCCCACAGACCUCAGCAUGAAAUCUCUCUCCUCUGCCAACAUCAGUAACUCCUCUUCUGCCUCCACCAACAACAGCCUGGGCGGGCGAGGCAGCGGGGGCGCAGGAGGAGGCGGGGCUUCGACCCAGCUCAGCCAACCGGAGAUCACGGCUGUGCGUCAGCUGAUCGCCGGCUACCGGGAGUCGGCCGCCUUCCUGCUCCGCUCGGCAGACGAGCUGGAGAACCUCAUCCUGCAGCAGAACUGAUUUAAGGGGGGGGGGAAAUAUGGGAGAACACACACACAUAUACACACACACACACACACACUUCCCGUUACAUUUGUUUCGUGUUCGUCCGCGUCCUUCGUCUCUCCUUUAACAUCGCCGAACGCCAGACCUCCUCCUCCUCUUUGUGUUCGCUCUUCCCUCCUUAUAUCGGGAUUCGUUGAUUUCUCCUCAUCUGCCUUCUCUUCGGGAAAACUGCGGACACUUUUCAUUUUGAGAGGGAAAAAAAGUGGGGAAACUGGGACAGAGGGAGGGUGAUGAAUCCCACCCCGCCCCCGCCAUCAUACCCCAAAACAAUCCCCCACAACCUCAAUCCAUCCAUUCUGCCUGAGAGGAGAGAGAAAAAACAAACAAACAAAAAAAAAGAUGAAAUAGGAGCAGAGCGCUGGGACUCUGGAGGAUUCUCUUCCUCUCCUCUCUCCGGAAGCACCUCACAAUCAGCGAUACACUCUGAGCAAAGGAGUGUGGAGGAGAGGAAGAGAGGAGGAAGAGGAAGACUGAAAGGUUUUUGAUUCUGCUGCUGUGGUUUCAGAGAAAAAACAGACUUUGCCCCCCUUCCUCCCCUUUGUGGGUUGAGAAGUUUUUUGAGUUUUUUCCCCCCGUGGAACGUCUUACGCGGGGGAGUUUUGAUUGACGGUUGCCCCGGGCAACGCCGUCUUAUGAUCAUAACAAAUAAUUUUAAAAUGACUCCCUGAAUUAGUACUACUGAAGCUGUUUGUUAAACGACGAGUGCUUUUGAUUCGAUUGAAGAUUUAAUUUGUUCUCUUUUGGGAGUCCAAUGAGCGUUUUGGGUUUUUUUAUUAUUGUUUUUUUUUGGACUGUUCUCAAGUGACUGAAGGAAAGAAAAGCGGUUUGACUUAUCUUAAAAGAUAAAUACGGAAACGGACUUUGAGUGCGGAGGAGCUGAAGGAUGAAAACUGGAAAAGAAAAGAGAGAGAGAGAAAAAAGGAGUUUGUUUGGUUUAAAAAAAAAAACAAAAAAAAAAAAGGAGGAGAGAAACUUUUUUUGUGCUCGCUUGUAUAUAAGCUCUCUGUGUCCUAUAGCACUUUUCCCCCCACCCUCCACCUCCCCACCCCCCUUCCUCCUCCUCCUCCUCCUCCUCACCCCUUUUACCCAGGGAGCAACUUGCUACUUAUGCAUUUAAGACGCCAUGUUGACCACCAGGAAAUACCUCAGAUCAGACCUGCCAAUUCCAUUUUCAGUUCCUCACACACACACACACACACACACACUCUGCAAAGUGUAUGGUAACAUUCCCACCAGAAGCCAGUUUACUUCUACUUUACCACCUGAUGUCUUCAAGGUUUAUAUAUAUAUUUUUUUUG